AUGAUAUCAACUACUACUGUACUAUUACAACAACAACAACAACAACAACAACAACAACAACAACAACAUAUUUAUAGAGGAGAUAGAAGAUCAUACUUUAGAAAUAUGUUGUCAAUAACAAAUAUGUACUUGAUGUUUAUUGGAUUGAUCGUAAUGAUCACUAUGUUACCUGUACAAACCAAAGCCGACUCAUUGACUACUGCAUUAUAUAAUGGAUAUGCACUAAUAGGUGCUAAUCCCAACUCAAAGAUACCAUUUGUAACAUUCUUAACAAAGAACAAUGUUAGUCUUCCAUACUCUAUCAACAAUCCAUAUACUAUUACACAGGUGUUCAGUUCACCUUCAAAGAAGUACGGUUCGACAGUGGACAUUGGACCAGCUUCAACAGGUCUGCCACCAAUCACAAAGAGGGAUACAAUGAUUAUUGGCGCAAUUGGUUCACCAAGUGACAAUGCUGUCUAUAUAUUCAACUUGGACGAAUGCGCAAGUUCAAAGAAGGAGUGUGAUGAGAUCAUCACUUUCCUACCUCCACCAAACAACACCAAUGCUCACAACAAGAAAAACAACAUCAUCAAUCCCGAUAAGCCAAACGUCACUGGACAGGACGACUGCCAAAUAGGCAACAUCAUUGCCGUUGGCUACAACUUUGUCGUCAGCUCAUGUCAGAACAACCUACUCGAUGGCACGAACAAGUACUCUCCACUAGUCUUCUGUUUCCUUGAUCUCGAGAAGAAAGCUGACAACUGUUCAGAGAUAGCUUAUUGGGAUGAUAAUAUCAAUCCUUGUCAGCCUGCGCGUGGACAGAUGUAUGUGACGGGCAUUGAUACGGAUGGAACAUUGGUCACGUUAUCAUAUUGUGCCGUAUGCAUGCAGCCCAAGAACUCGACACAUCUUGGUGUACAAUACGUCAGUGCAUUCGUCGUCCUGAAUGUAACCAAUCCACAUCACAUCGUCCAACUCUCAGAAGUGUACAAUACCAACAGGACAAAGUCCUGCCCAUCAUCAAUAUCGAUCAAUGAGGAAUGGAUUGUGAUUGGUUACGACGAGGAAUCAAGCGCAGACAUAUUUAUUAGCGACGACAUUACAUUGACGAACUACACGUACUUUGAUUCGGUUGGUGGCAACAGCUCCAACUUUGACAACUUUGGAUCGAUCGUGCAGAUCAGCGACAACAUAUUGGUGGUGUCGGCGCCCGGCUCGCCAGCCAGCGAACAGCCUGCAUUCAUCUCGUUCUACGAGCUGUUCCAGGCCAAUGGCAGCUCGGUGCGUAUCGACACCCUCGCCUCGAUCCCCAACCUCAACUACCGCUCGAUGUACGACUAUGGCUACUAUUUCACGUUCAACGCACAGGAGCUGUUCCUCGUGUCGAUCGAUGAGAUGCUCGUCAACUACGCGUUUGACGUGUACACCGUCUGUCCAGUCGGCCAGGAAUGGUACUCGGUCGGUAGCGUAUGCCGCACGUGUCCGCCCGGCCAGUACAAGUCGGUGAGCAACCCGUCAUCCAACAGCUCGUUUGAGCUCUGUUACCCGUGCCCCUCGGGCUACUAUACUGGCAACAACAUGGGCAUCUCUUCGACAGAGGAGUGCCAGUCUUUCUACCCUGCGUGUACACACGAGCAGUACUGCCCAGACGGCACAGUGUGGCCCGUUGACAGUGUUGCUGUCAACUACACGUCACUGUCGGUGCCCAACCCGAUCCAGACCGACCAGCUGGACUUUGAGAGCACGUUCUACAACUCCUACCCGUGGUUCCUGGUCAUCCUGGGCAUCUCGCUCAUCUUCACGAUCAGUGUGUGCACUCCAUGGCCGCGCUACGCCAACUUCCAAUCUCGGCUGAUACGCAACUUGUUGCGCGUCAACUUCUACGACCUGACAGGCGAGGCGCACAUCAAGGAGGAAGACUACUUGGAGCGCACCUCCAACCGCCCGAUCGGCAUCAACAACGACACGCGUGGCAUGGGAGUCUACGUGCGCAAGAAGCGAAUGGUCGUCGUGCCACAAAAGGCCGUCGAGAGCUUCUGCACGUACUUCUUCCUGUUUAUGCUGUUCCUGAUGAUCCUGUUCAUGUUCCAGUUCCAGAGCGUCAAUCAGAACCUCAGCAUCGAGCUGCGAUCGUAUGGUCAGGUGUCGACCGACCCCAACCUGGCCGACCGUUACAACGAGAUCCAGUACCUCAAGAUCGUCGACAGCAGUCCGAUGCGCGUCACAAUCGACCUGUACGGCUACACGGGCAACUGCAGCAUCGAUGAGCUGAACCUCGUGCUGACCGGCUGCCAGACACCCAACUACAUGGGCGAGUGCAAGUACAUGGUUGCCUCACAGGUGCUCCAGUAUUACUCCAACGUAUCAAAGAUCGAGGACAAUGCCACAGUAUGCCAAUUCCAAGUGUCAAUUGCCAAGGGUGCAGAGUUUGGAGAUGAGUCAUCCUAUUCAUUCCAGAUCACACCGCUGCUCAACUACUUCUACGCACAACGUAUCGUCUACAAUGUGUCCACACUCAAUGAUGACACGGACAUCAACACUGGCAACUCCUAUGUUUCCGGAGUCAUCCAACCUCUCGAAGACACCAUCCUUCGUCCAUCUGCAUCAAUAUCUUUGUUAUCAAUGAUAACAUUCAUGACAAAGUGUAAUGUACAUUCAUCGAAUAAUGACUUUACACUGGUGCGACCAAUGGUGGAGAAGUGCGUGUUUGAUCGACAGAGCUACAAGGACUACAGCUUCAUAUCGAACGCCACGUCUUAUUUGGAGCCCGACCAAUUCCACGACUCGCCAGCCUCGUUCACAUUCCGUGUCGAUGUUGAAAAGAGUGUAUUCUUCCGUUAUGUUACAUCAUCACAUACUGUAUCAUUCGGUCAAAUCGUCACGGUGGUCAUGUUUGCCAUGCUAGAUAUCUUCUGGCUGAUACAAGUGAUUGUACCAUGCGUACAACUGAUCGUCGGUCUAUUCGAAGGUGCUCUCAAGAACAACAAGAGAAAGCUAUACGAAGAGAUUGGUGAUAGAGACAGUGCAAUGGAUAAGCUAAAGAAGGGUGCUCCAUCUUCAGCAUCCUCAUCAUCUUCAUCAUCACCAUUAUUAUCGAUGAAUUAG